UGUUAAUGCCAUCUUGUUGAUUUAUUGUUAUAAUAAACAAAUACAGUCCUUAUGUACCGUAUGUUGAAUGUAUAUAUCAAUCUUGUGUCUUAUCUUUCCAUUCCAACAAUAAUUUACAGAAAAAUAUGGCAUAUUUUAUCGAUGGUUUGAAUUGCGAUUAAUUGCGAUUAAUUACGAUUAAUUAAUUUUUAAGCUGUAAUGAAAUCGAUUCAAAUUUUUAAUCGUUUGGCAGCCCUAAUGUAAACUAAAGUGCAAUCACGUUCGUAAAUGAAUGGCUUCCGGUUUUUGAAAUGUAAAUAACCCAGUCUAUUGUGAUAAAACAACAAAAUUGCAAUAACUGCAUUAACCAUCAAAGUGAAGUCUAACUGUAACUGUAUUCUUGAAACAAAUCUGAAUAAGGAAAAACAUUGCAAACUGGUUAAACUUGAGAGUAGCUGAGCUCUGUCAUGACAGUAUAUCGCUUCAAUGAUAUCUGGCGCCAUCUAGCGUCGUGAAUGGGUAUAAUGUCUAGACCGCGAAUAUAAGACGACCCCCUCUUUUUUAGUCUUAUUUCAGUGCAAAAAACACCGUCUUAUAUUCGGGCCAAUACGGUAAUACAGUUGUAUGAAAAAGUUUGGGUUCCCAUGAUCAGAUUUUCCUUUAUCCAGCAAGGUUCUGCUGAUUUUGUUUUUGUUACUAUUUUUACUGGUACAUUAACUAACCUAUGCAUAGAUUUCUCAGCAGGAUAGCAGUGUUAAAAAAAAAAAUUAAAUCACCAAACAUAGUCACUUGCUCAAUAAAACGUUAAUUGCAGUAUCUCGUCUUAGAGGAGAGUAAUCAAUUGUAAAAAAAAAAAAAUGGAAAAAAAAAAAAAAAAACAAGUAAAAGAUUACUGUAUGCAUUGACGUUAAAAGCAAAACGAAGCGUAAAACUCAUUCGAAAAUUGAAGCAGACAGAUUCGCUCCUUGAUUGGCCGUGUUGACUGUCACUCAUUUCUGCUCUCUGAUUGGUCGCCUUGACAGUCAAUCAUCGCUGUUUACAUCAAACGUCGCAAGGUGGAAUUUCCCGUGUUACGGCAUAGCAGCAACCACUUCCGCAGUAGAUGUCUGAGCACAGAGACAAGAGGCCGCUGCUAGCGGAAAGCCAUUGUGUCAAAGGACGCCGCUUUGUUUGUUGCUUUGUCAGUUUAGAGGACCAUGCUUAACGUGUGAACAAAACAAUGGAAGGAAAAGGUCCGUACCGCAUCUACGAUCCGGGUGGGAGUGACGUCAAGACCAGAGAUGAGGCUGUCGGAGGAAGCAGCUAUCGACAGCUCCUGGAGGAAAACAGUAUGCUGAGGGAGAGGAUGAAAGGUCUGAAGAGCCUUGGCGAUUUGCUCGAAGAGUCUCAGUUAGAAGCGUCGAGGCUUCGUCAGCGAGUGGAGGAACUCGUGAGGGACAACGAAGCGCUCAAGUCCUCCAGCUUCGCGGCCAGUCUGUGUGCCGGCGGUGGUCACGGUCAGACGGAAACACAAAGUAAACCUUGUUUACGUUCCGCUGCUGAGCCGAAAGAAGCGGAUGCGAGCUGUUUAGCGAGACCUAACAGACUUAAUGACGCCUUAUCAGAGUUCGAGGUGGUCAAUAUGGACAGAAGGACGUCAGACGCCUUGACCGCCCGGUCGGCUGUCGGAGUAAUCCCCCUCCUGCCGCAGGAGAACGUCGAGCUGGCGAGCCAGCUGAAGAAAUUGGAGAGCUCCUUUAGCUUGUUUGCGGAGGAGUCCAACCCAAACCAGCUAUUAGCUCACCUUGGUCGAAUGGCUGUGGAGUUUCACCAUCUUUCCUCGAAGGUGCAAAAGAAUGAACAGAGGACGUCACUUCUACAGACCCUGUGUGAGCAGCUCAGGCAGGAGAACAAUGAGCUUCGGAAAAAAAUGGAAGAGGAUCAUCAUAUUAGGAAUCGAGACUUGGAACAGCUGAGGCAAGAAAAUCAGAAACUUAAGGAGCUAGUGACAGGAGGAGCAGCAGCAGUAGUGACAUCAACAACAACAGAAACAGCAGCAGCGUCAUCAUCAUCAUCAUCUACGGCAGCGUCGGACACUGAAGCUUCCGAUACCAAAGAUGAGCCAGUUAAAGAGGAAUGUGACGUGGUGAGAUCUAAGACGGAAGCCUCCACUCCACAGAAGAGUGGAAAAGCUGCUGAGAAAAGCCCAAGUAAACCUUGUGAUGUUGAGGUUUAUGAAAAGAAGAUCAAGCUCCUAGAGAAACAAAGAAAAGAUGUACUAGAGGUGAAUAAGCAGUGGGACAUUCAGUGGAAUUCAAUGAAGUCACAGUUUGAACAGAAGAUCACUGACCUCAGACAGAGGCUGGCCGAUUCCCAGAAGACUGUGGUUGAGCUAGAGGCUGAGCGAGAGCAGAGGCAGCGUGACUACGACAAGAAACUGCUACUAGCAAAGUCCAAGAUUGAAAACGUGCAGGGUGAGAAGGAGUGUCUCAACACCGAGGCGACAGAGCUGAAGCAGAAAGUUCGCUACCUGCAAGACCAGCUAUUACCCCUUAGCAAACAGCGAGAAUACCAGGAGAAAGAAAUCCAACGGCUCAACAGGGCCUUAGAAGAAGCCUUAAAUUUGCAUGCCCCUUCAUCCUCCCAACCACAGCCUGGCCAAGAUGCUGCCAAUAACCUGAAAAAGCAGGAACUGCUCACCCAAAUUGCUGUUUUAAAAGAACAGGUGAAAAUCUUUGAAGAAGACUUCCGAAAAGAACGCAGUGACAGGGAGCGAAUGAAUGAGGAAAAAGAAGACCUGAGGCGGCAAGUGGAGCGACUGCAGAUUCAAAUUACUAAUUUGACCAAUCAGCUGCAUCAGGCACAGAGCGAGUGUCAGCGUGAACACACCGAGAGAUGCAAGCUAGAAAGACUGCAGAUGCAGCACCACAAGCAGGGGCAGCAGCAGAAAAGACGUACCUCAGACCCCACGUCAGGCUCAGUGAACGGCCCGCUGAGCCCCCCCUACUGUGGUCCCUUUGUGCAGGUGGGACCGCCGGGCCUUGAGGGCUGGCCCGUAAACUUCCAUCCCCGGAUGCCCAAUGCAGCAGGCGCCGCAGCUCCGCCCCCCGUACGAGACUUCCAGCCUGUUAACCUGGGUUUUCCGUGGCAGUCUUCGUCAUUUCUACAACCCAGAGCAGCCAGAGCGGUGGGGGAGAGUUCACGACUGGCUCCAGACAGUGCAGAUCAGUCCACGGCGGCGGCGGCGGCAACGGCGGGAGGGGGAGGUGCAGCUGCAGCAGCUGGAGGAGGAGCAGCGGCACCAGCAGGAGGAUUUGGAAAAAGGGAGCGACAGAAUAUAGAUCCUGGAAAGCACUAAAGUUCCCCCGCUUGAUGGAAAUUGGGUUGUAGCAUGGAAUCAGUUUUUGAUUUUAAAAAGGUGUGAUCUAUCAUUUUCCUACUGAACUGUAGAUAUCCUAUUGUAAUGUUGUUUAUACUUGCGUUUUAUAAGGCUAUUUGUGGCAAUUCUGAAUAUAACGAUUUCAAUUUUCUUUUUUUCAUGAACAGAAAUCUUUUGUUAAUAGGUCGAAAUACUUGACACUUUUUCUUUCCAGAAAAUAAACGUUUGUGUUCUAAUCUGCAACAACUUGAUUUAGCAACAUGUAGGGUUACAGCAAGCCAUUCCCCCAUUUGAGCAAAACCAUUCCAGUAAUGGACGUAGGUAAAUUCAGUUGCUGAAUUUACAGAUUUAAUGAUGAUUUCAGAAGACUUCAGAGUAUGUUGAUGUGAUAGAAACGUCCCAUGUGUAACUGGUCGAAAUGUUGUUGUUGCAUACACACAUUUGGGGUGGGUGAAGGGUGAUUUUGACGUAUCAUACCAAAAACAUAUUUGUGAUUGAUAAUUUAUUUAUAACCUGCUGUUUUGAUAGUUGCAUUGACUAAGUGUGAAUCAUUGUCUUUUAGUAAUGCUGCUCAAUGUUGUUAGUGUAUUCCCGAUAUAUUGUAGCUAUUGACAUACGUUUGUGUCGGACACAGUAAACACAUACACAAGCUUUUUUUUUUUUUUUUUUUAAACCAUGAUAAUGGAC